CCUCGUCUCAAGCGUGUGUAACUACAUGUUGAGAUAUCUUGAGGGGAUCUUUGGGAAUGGGUGGUGUGCCCAAACAGAGGAAAUAAGGUCUCUGUUGACUCUGGCAAUCAGAGAGCACAAGCUCUCCCUUUUCCCAAGGACAUGUAUGAGGCUGUAAUAUAGAGGGAAUUUUAUUGGCUACCACUCGGUAAUAACAUUUUAAGGCUGAGAAAAGCAAUGGUAAAUCCUAACAUAUAACUGUCCUACAACUUCUCUGUCAGAAACAAUGAAGGCUUUUUUUUUUUCUUUUUUUUCUUUUUCUCAUAUGACAUAUUAUGAUAUCUAUAACCCUGGUGAGAGUCAUUCUCCCUCAUGUAAUGCAUAUUCUUGAUGCUCAAAUUCUCUCCACAGUGUGCCCCCAUUCUCUCAGGGUUUCGAGUGCAUUAUUUGCAAAAAUGUGUUCUGUCUUUCCAAGCACACAGGCCACACAUGCACGCAUACUCGUACAGGUAACACAAGAGCUGCUCUAUAUGUGCCUGACCGGCGUCGAGUGUUUCAUGCAUGGCCUGCAAAUUCAAUAAGUUCUUUGUAAAUUAGAUUUAAAGGGAUCCACAGCGGGUCGUCUCCUUCCACUGAUAUUAACAUGACAGGGUUGGAGAGAAAGCCGCAUAACGUCAAAAAGCGUGUCUUUCAUUUUGAAGGGUAGAAGACAUCAAAGAGGACUAGCCAGCAUCAGGGAGUAUAACUGGUUCUGUCUUGCUACUGAUAAAGAUGUCGGUGGAGGAUUUAUUUUUUUUCUCUUUCUCAGAACAACAUUAUGAGAAGCUUUGUGUUGGGGAAGAGCUGUAUCGGAAAGGCCCUGAAAUAGCCCAGGGCCACAUUGCUAUUUCAAAAAGCCACAGAGUUCAAUGAAAAUAGAAGAGCCAUUUGCCUCGGCUGCCCAUUUUCUCUCUCAGUAAACUUUUUUUUUUCAUGUAGUCCACUUGAGAACUCGUGGAUUUAUGCUUUUCAAGCAGUUGUCGAAGAAGUGGCUCGGUGUAGCCAAGCACAUCUGGAUUGGAUUGCACACAGUGAGACCAAGUUACUGGGUGACUGGGUGAGUGUUAGUGAGGCCGUGGCCAUGUUCUGGACGCUCAGUUUAUGCUGUUGGCCGACAGUGUUGUAAGUUUAUGUAUUGGAUCUGGCGAGCCUUUCGGUGAGAGAGACCACUUGUUAGAGAGGCCUUUGGCCAAGACAAACAAGUCGGCAGGCAGCUCUAAAUAUGGUCAUAAUUCCCAUUGAGAGAAGUUCAACUCCUUAUAUGAGCAGUUCAGUCCGUACAAGUAUGUGUGUGUGAGACAAAGACACACAGCAGGGAGGAGGAGGGCAAGUAGUAUAUGCACAAGAUUCUCACCACAUGGUCGUACCAGAAGUGUGAAUCAUCUGGGACAGAAGUGACCGCAGGGAUGAACUAAGGCUCGGAUCUAGAUCAGUGAUUCCCAACCAGAGGUACUUCUGCCCCGGAGGGUAUUACAGCAAUUGCCAGGGGAUGCGCUUCUUGCUGAUCUGGAGAACACUGGUUCUCCUCUAGCUCGGUGUCCCGUCCUGCUCACCUCUGACCCUCCUCAAAAUGCUGAUCCUACCACCCAGGACCCUGCCCAGACCCGGCCACCACCACCCGCCUACACCCCACAGCAGACUGUUUCUGCUGCAAUGAAGUCCACCCAGAACUCCAACCCAGACAAAUUAUACAGCACAGUGUGUAAACCGCGCUCUCCCCGCACAGCAGAUCCCCCUCCAGCCUUCUCCUCCUCCUCGCUGCUGGGAGGAGGUCUGAGUGAACUGGACCAUCUGUUACAGGAGCUCAACGCCACCCAGUUCAACAUCACAGAUGAGAUCCUAGCCCAGUUCCCUUCUUCUAAGAAAGAUGAGAGGGACAAGAUUAAGGACAAGGCCACAACCUCCCCCUCCAGCUCUGCGAAGCCUUCAGCAACAUCGGCCACACUGGAACUGGACAAACUGAUGGCUUCUCUGUCUGACUUCAGAGUCCAGAGCACACCAGCUGCGCCUGUCACUCCAGUGGUGACAGCACCGCAGCAGCCCACCACCCCCCCACAGCCCUCAUCUGGCGGCUCGUUGGACAGCAUGCUGGGGCUGCUUCAAUCAGACCUGAGCCGACAAGGAGUUCAAACAUCCUCCAAGGGAAACUGUUCAGCCUGUCAGAAGCCAGUAGUAGGACAGGUGGUGACGGCUCUGGGGAAGGUGUGGCACCCGGAGCACUUUGUGUGCACCGAGUGUGAGACAGAGUUGGGCAGUCGCAACUUCUUUGAGAAGGACGGACGACCAUACUGCGAGUCGGACUACUUCACCCUUUUCUCCCCUCACUGUGCACACUGCAACAAGCCCAUACUAAAUAAAAUGGUCACUGCUCUGGACAAGAACUGGCACCCGGAGUGUUUCUGCUGUGUUAAGUGCAGCCGGGCGUUUGGAGAGGAAGGUUUCCAUGACCGUGAGGGCCAGCAGUACUGUCAGCAGUGCUUCUUGACUCUGUUCGCUUCCCGCUGUCAAGGCUGCAGCCAGCCCAUUCUGGAAAACUACAUCUCAGCUCUCAACUCUCUCUGGCAUCCGCAGUGCUUCGUAUGUAGGGAGUGCUACACCCCCUUCGUUAACGGCAGCUUCUUCGAACAUGAGGGCAAGCCGCUGUGUGAGGCCCACUACCACCAGUCCCGUGGCAGCAUGUGUCAGGCCUGCCAGCAGCCGAUCCUGGGCCGCUGUGUCACCGCCAUGGGGGCCAAAUUCCACCCCCACCACCUCGUGUGUCACUUCUGCCUGAAGCCCCUGAGCAAAGGCUGCUUCAAGGAGCAAGAGAACAAGCCCUACUGCCACCCCUGCUUCAUCAAACUCUUUGGUUGAGGACACAGCAGGACUUUGCCCCCCAUCCUUUGGGACAGAGAAGCUGUAUGACUAUAAGUUCUCAAUUUGUGUUUUUUACGGUGGGAAUGAGGGUGGAGCUGGUCUCUUUCUUGGUUUUUUAUUUGAGUCGAUAGAGGGAUGGGCGGGGGAAAGAGAAUCAUCCAAGCCAACUCAUUUCUGUUUAUGUGACGAAAAGGUGGACUGCAUAUAGACUGGCGGGAUUAAAUAUAACUGUAGGAAUGAUUAGACAGACACAAAACGAUGCCAAAUGAUUUUGUCAUGUAUGUAAGUCUUUUGCAUACUGUAUUGAUUCAAAUUGAAUAUUGAAAAUUGAAUUCUUUUGCCAAAGGUAGAAAGGAAACAGUAUAAUGAGAGUAAAUGUAUUGUUUCAGUGAAGGAUUUAUACUGUUGUUCAAGGAAAUCCCCUUUAAUAUAUUUGCUUUAUAUUUGCAAAAGUAUAAGUGUCACUGCAAUUGCUUUUAUAUAUUGUAUGCUGAAUGCUAUAUAUGUUUUUGUGUAACAAACCAAGCUGUCAUAUGUUUAAAGUCAGAUAUUUUGCAUUAUUCUUUCACUAUUGCUCUAUGCAAUUUGCCAAAAACAAUUCCAAAGAAUUAAAUAAAG